GUUUAAACAACACCUCUCUACAUGGUAUCGUCAGUGCGUAGCUUGCACGCUCGUACAAAAUGGCCGACAUGCCGACUCCGACGGUGCAGGAGCUCCAAAAGUUGAGGGUUACAGACCUGAAAGCCAAGUUGUCAGAACUUGGCUUAGCGGUAUCAGGUCUGAAAGCAGAACUGGUGAACAGGCUUUUUGAGUUCUACAAAAGGCAAGCCCAAGCAGCACAAAUGGAAAGAGAGAGAGAAGCUCAAGCACAAAGGGAGCAAGCAAUGGCCCAGCAGCAGCAGGCAGCAGUGAUCCCCCCUCCCCAGCUGAUUCAGCAGGAGCAGGCCCCCCCACAGCUGCCACCCGUCCUGCAGCAGGCCCAGCAGCCGGAACCCCCUGCACACCCUCCCCAGCCUCCUUCCCAGCUGCAGCAGAUGGCUCCCCAGGUCCUGCAGCAGGCACCCCCCCAGAUGGUCCCCCCUCCACAGAUGGUCCCACCCCCUCAGAUGGUACCCCCCCAGUCUCAGCCCCAGAUGGCGCCCUCCCCUGUCUCGCAGCACCAGAUGAUGCCGCCGUCCUCCACCCAACCUCCCGCACCCAGGCAGCUCCAACCCCCUCAGAUGACACAGGCCCCCCCUAUGGGUGCGCCUACCCCCCAGGUGUCCCAGCAGCAGCACGUUGCCCAGCUGGCCCCACCCUCCCAGCCGUCGGCUCCACCACAGAUGGUUCCCCCUCCUCAGCUGCAGCCGGCCAGCUCUCAGCAGAUGCCUCAGGUUCCUGCUGCAGCUCCACCAGCCAGCCAGACAGCUGUCCUCCCCCCACCUGGCCUGGUCAUUCCAACUCCUCCCAAGGAAACUUCAGGUGAGGAAGUGAAACUGCGGCUGGCCCAGGAACAGGCUCGUAUCCUGGCUGAACAGGAGCAGCAGCAGAAACAGGUGCAGGAAGACCAGCUGUUGCAGCUGGGCCGUGCACAACAGCAGCUGCUGGAGGUGGAGAAGAUCCGUCAGCACCAGGCCCAGCAGGUGCAGCAGGUGCAGGAGGCCCAGCGGAAGGCCAUGGAGGAGCACCGCCUGCUGGAGGAGCAGAAGAAGGCCCAACAGAUCCUGGCAGCAGAGCAGCAGCGCAGGCUCGCUGAGCAGCAGCAGCGAGCCAUGAUGGAGCAGCAGGCUAAAGAGCAGGAGCUGAUGAAGCUGCAGCAGCAGGCUCUGAUGGAGAAACAGAAGGAGGAGCUUCAGCAGGCUCGCCGGCAGCAGGAGGACGCCAUGAGACGUCAGGAGCAGGAGCACAGGGACACCCCCCCUCCCGACAUCCCCCCACAGAUCCCCCCUCCAGGCCAGCAGGUCCCCCCACCCCCUGGAGUACCACCACAGCAGCAGAGAAACAUGGAUGCCCCAGGACCGCCGCCUAGGAUGAGAAUGAUGCACCAGGAAAGACAUCCCCUGCUGCCCACCCCACCCCCUGGCCAGCAGCCCCCGGGCACCUCAUCAGGACUUCUCCCUCCCCCUGGUACCAGGGUACCGCCAGGAGCGCCCCCUACCCGUCAUCCACCCCCAGGAACACAGGGACCCCCUCCUCGUGGCCCAGCACCCGGGCAGCGUGGGCCGCCCCCCUCCCAGCAGGGACCCCCUCCGUCGGAGGAUGAUCGUGGUGAGGACGCCCCCCCUCCUCCCCCCCAGCCUGAAGUCAAGCUGCCACAGGCUCUGGAGAAGGUCCUGUCCUUCAAAAGUGCCAGAGAACAGGAGAUUGCAGCCAUGCCUGAACCUGAACCUGAGGAGGAGGAUGCAGACAUGGACGAGCUCGAGUUUGAAGAGCCAUCCACAAAGGAUGAAGCACAGAAUAAGAAAGAGUCCAAGAACAAGCAGCGUAAGAAGAAGAAGAAGCGCAGGAAGGCUCGAGCCCGUCUGGAGCAGGAGAGGAACGAGCGUAACCUGGAGCUGCAGCGCGAGGCCGAGCCCGACGAUGUGGAGGUGGAGUACGUCACCGAGGCCGUGCACAUCAACAACCCUGCGUACGCUGAGUUCAACAGGAUAUUUGAAGCCUUCAAGCUGAAUGAGCCAGCCAAGGAAAAAGACAGGGGGGAUGAAGACCAUGCCUCAAAGAAAGAAGAGCCAAAACCAGAGAAGAAGCAACUUCUUGACAUGGAAGACCUGAUAGAAGAUGACAUGGAGGAGGAAAAAAAGGACGAUGGCCCAAAGCUGUCCAAGAAGAAGCUCCGGCGGAUGAACCGUCUGAGCGUGGCUGAGCUGAAGCAGCUGGUACAGAGGCCUGAUGUGGUGGAGAUGCACGACGUCACCGCACAGGACCCCAAACUGCUGGUCUGGCUCAAGGCCACCAGAAACACCGUCCCAGUCCCCCGUCACUGGUGUUUUAAGAGGAAGUACCUACAGGGGAAGCGUGGUAUUGAGAAGCCACCGUUUGAGCUGCCUGACUUCAUCAAGAGAACGGGCAUCAUGGAGAUGAGAGCAGCCUUACAGGAGAAGGAGGACCAGAAGUCUCUGAAGGCCAAGAUGAGGGAGAAGGUUCGACCCAAGAUGGGAAAGAUUGACAUUGACUACCAGAAACUACAUGAUGCCUUCUUCAGGUGGCAGACAAAACCUAAGAUGACCAUCCAUGGCGAUUUAUACUAUGAAGGUAAGGAGUUUGAGACCAGACUGAAGGAGAAGAAGCCAGGAGACCUGUCAGAUGAGCUCAGGAUUGCCUUAGGCAUGCCCGUAGGACCUAAUGCCAACAAGUACCCCCCACCGUGGCUGAUUGCCAUGCAGAGAUAUGGCCCCCCUCCAUCCUACCCUAACUUAAAGAUACCAGGUCUUAAUGCACCCAUUCCGGAGAACUGUUCCUUUGGUUACCAUGCUGGAGGCUGGGGAAAGCCCCCUGUGGACGAGACAGGGAAGCCCCUCUAUGGGGAUGUGUUUGGUACUAAUGCUGCAGAUUUCCAGACUCAAGUAGAGGAGGAGCCUGUGGAGCGCGGGCUUUGGGGAGAGCUGGAGUCGGAGUCUGAGGAGUCCGAGUCUGAGGAGGAGUCAGAAGAGGAGUCUGAGGAGGAGCCUGACAGGUCUGGCCUCAUCACACCUGGAGAGGGCGGCUUGAUCACUCCCAGUGGCACAACCUCCAUCCCCACCGGCAUGGAGACUCCAGACAUGAUCGAACUCAGGAAGAAGAGAAUAGAGGACGCCAUGGAGGGGGGAGAGACGCCCACCCUGUACACAGUCCUGCCAGAGAAGAAGGGCGGUCCUGUGGCCGGGGCCAUGAUGGGUUCUACACACGUGUACGACAUCGCUGCUGUAGCGGGAGGUAAGAAGGCAGACAUGGGGGAGGCAGGAGGAGUGGAGAUUGCCCUGGACCCCAGUGAGCUGGAGCUGGACCCACAGGCCAUGCAGACUAAGUAUGAGCAGCAGCUGAAGGAGCAGCAGAGUCAGUUGGAGAAAGAGGACCUGAGUGACAUGGUGGCAGAACAUGCUGCCAAACAGAAGAAACGCAAAAAGGCACAGCAGGAUAGCGGCAAGGCUGCCAAGAAAUACAAGGAGUUCAAGUUCUAAUGGGGGUGUUGAUGAAUAGACCACACGUGAAGGUCAUACCACAGCCCAGGGAAACUUAAUUUACUGUGACAGCUGUACAAGUGCUAAGAUCAGCUCCACAAAACUCCCACAGUUUAUUGUGUGGAAUGUAAAGGGGACGUAAUUAGUUGGCUGGGUACACCGACAGGUGGGACUGCUGAUUGGGAGGGGGGUGAAAUUGGAACAAACAGCAUUUUAAGGAACAGGCAGAGAUGUACAGAUGUUUUUGUGUGUUAACGUUACUCAGAGCUCAGUCAAAGUGACUUGUUUGUUAACUUUAUAAACAUGCUAUUGACAUGUGGUUUUGUGCAGUUAGUAGUCAUGUGUCAUUUUGAAACAGGUUGUCAAAUACUCCUGCAAUUUUUCAAGUAUUUGAUGGGGGAAUCCCAAAGGUUGAUUGGAGUGUGAAAUACAGGAGCGCAAUGUCAAAAGCAGCUUAUUUUUUGGUGCAAGUGGCAUUGCACUAAACGUAGCUCUUCUCUAGAUAAAUCAUGUCAGAAUUAGCUUAGAAGAAAUUUAUUCUGUGUCAGCUCCACAGCUGCAGUGCUUUAGACUUGAUGUCGCAGUCACUUCCUUCCUUUGUUUUCCUACUUUGUACUCAAAAUGAGAAAAUGAGCAGCUGUGGUUAGAUCUACUUCCCCAAUGUGCACAUUCCAACUUGGAAAGAAUUUUACAACAUAUAAGACUGGAGCACAAAUUUGCUAUAGAACAACUGAUUGUAUUGAACUGAAGUAAGUUCUGUGAAGUAUAACUUAAGUAAUUGACUUCCCCCUAACAGUACAAUGUAUGCAACAAGCAUCUCCUAUGCCCUAGAGGUAGGGAGUCAUAUUGUAUAAAACUUUUUUCAAUAAAUACACCCCAGGCAAAGAA